GCAACCGCAGCGAAACGUUUCAUUUGCCGUGGCGAAUUGCGAUCGUCGGCGUCGGCGUCGGCGACGUUGACGUCUGACACAGACGCUGGCUGCGACGCCGACUGCGACGAUGUCGGCACAUACGCUUAACACCUGUGUUCGCUCUUGCUUGCAGUCGCUCUAUGUGUGUGUGUGUGUGUGUGUGUGUAUGUGUGUGUAUGCGCAUGUGUGUGAUAUUCAGGUGAUAAUAUGCCCGCCAUUUUCGUAAUGGAAACAAACCAGGCGAGGGAACGCCAACAACCAGGCAACCAGGCCCAACACCAAGACCCAACAAUCAGCGGCAGUAAACAGCAACAGCAAAAACAACAACAGCAGCAACAACAACAGCAGCAGCAACAACAACAACAACAACGAACAACAGCCGUUGUCCGUUGUGCCCUGCUAUAAUCAAGGGAAAUAACAUUUUCAAGCAGCGUUAAAACUAACAUUAAUUAUGUCCGAAACGAACAAAACGAUCAGCGAGAGCCGGAGAGGCAAAAAGCGAAGCCACUGGAAGGAAGGCAAAGGCAAAAGGAAAGCAAACCAAAUUGGGCAAAACUUUCAAAGAGAGCCAGUGUGUGAGAGAGUGCGAAAGUGCGCGAUUGCAUAUUGGGCAACGGUAAGGUGCAGUAUUGUGUGUGUGUGCGAGAGAGAGAGAGAGAGAGCGGCGGCAGCGGGUGUCUGCGAUUGAUUGUUAUUGUUGGCCGUUGGAACGCAGUGGCGCCCUCUAGCGCAAGAUUCGAGCAGCGAAUGCAGAGCGCAGGCCAAAUGGCAGUAAAAUGAAGAAAUUGAAAAAAAGUCAAUGUGCAGCAGCUGAAGAUGGACAGCGGAUGCAGCGGCAGCGGCAGCGCCGUACGCGAAACAUUGCUCCAGAGUUACGCCCCAGACAGAGCAGUCGCAGGCGCAGGCGCAGCAGCGAUGCAGCUGCAGGCGGGCAGCAACAAUGUUGGAAUUGAGGACUGGAACUGCGACUGGGAUGUUGUGCAGUGGCAGCGACGCCAACGCCAACGCCAAGCCAGCCCAAGCCGAAACUAACGAGCGAGCGAGCGAGCGAGAGCGCAACAACAAGCCGAUGAGGGAGCGAGCGAGCGAGCGACGUUAAUAAGAAAUUAAUGUCUUGAUCAUUUUCGAUCGUUAUGUAAAUCAAUCAGGCAAAUUAUAGCUCAGGGGCUUGCCACAAUAAUUAGACCCUAUUCGUAAUGCAGCCGCAAAGGCCAGGGCGACCAACAGAGAGAGCGAGCAAGAGGUAAAGACUGAGAGAGAGAGCGAGUGCAAGAGAGAGCGCGAAAGAGCGGGAGCAGCAGCCAAGACAGCGUUAAAGGCCUCGAUAGUCAUGGCGUGCAGACGACGCAGACGCUGACGCGCCCCUCGAACGUAGGGCAUAAGAAAAUGCAAAAAAAAGAAGAGGAAACAUUUUUGCUGGCAUGCAACGCCUUGAUGUCUUCUUCGGAGCUGAAGCUGGAGCCGACGUCUUCAUUAAAACAACAAAACAUUUAUGCGCCGCUUUGCCAUGUCGCUGCCCGCUGCCCGCUGUCCGCGUCGAUCGCGGGCAGCGAUCGUUCUUUGAGAGCUUUUCGUCAGAGCGGACCCGGGGCUGGGCUGGGCUCCAGCUCCAGCUCCAACUCUGGGAGCAACGUAACAAGAUGCGUAAAAAUUAUUGAUUUUCCUUGACUUGAUUGUUGUUGGCUAUC